AGCUCUUAUACUUCCGUUGUUAGACCAGGCUUGUUUGAAUCGGUUUCUUCCCGGAAAGAAUGCAGCCACCGUCAAUGCACGAAAGUAAAAGACCUGAGGUUGCUUUCGGUGUGUUGACAAUCAGCGACUCUUGUUCAUCUGGUAGCUCCGUGGACCUCAGUGGACCGACUGCCGUCAACUUGCUUCAGGAAAGUGGUUAUUGCGUUGCUUUGAGAGAUUGCGUCCCUGACGAUGUCGAAUUGAUUCGCUCGAUUCUCCUGAGGUGGAUCGCCUCCGGUUUGGUUCAAGUAAUCAUCUCCACCGGUGGGACCGGUAUUACAAGGCGUGAUGUCACACCUGAUGCGUUUUUGAAGAUUCUCUCUCCACAGACGCGUUUGGCUGGUCUUGAGCACGCUCUUUAUUCGGCUUCGCUGAAACAUACUCCAAAUGCUGCACUAUCUCGCAUUAUAGCUGGUGUGCUUGACGAGGUUUUACUUAUCACACUCCCUGGUAGUCCAAAAGCGAUCAUACAAUGUGUCCCAGUACUUCUACCGGUGGUGGAACACGCUGUCAGUUUAAUCAAGGGAUGGACACAUUCUAUGGAUAAAAACCACGUUACUCCUUCAGCAUCCCAAACAUCACCGGUCAGCAUGAGUUUACCUGUCGCAGUGGAUAGAUUACGUGUUUCUCCCUUCCCUAUGAUCUCGGUUGAAGAGGCACAAAUGAAAAUAUUUCAAAUGGCCGGUACAUUGCAGUCUACCUUGGGCAUCCAAGCUGUAUUUCAUCAAAACUGCUUAGGUCGCGUCCUAGGCUUAUCACUGCGAGCUCGCCAAUGCAUUCCACCAUUUGCGGCUAGCGUUAUGGACGGAUACGCGCUCCGCGUGGUUGAUCAAACCACAAGGCUACAUGUUCUCGGCGCGUUAUGUGCUGGUGAUUUACCUCGUGAACAUUUACGUUUAACUGAAGGAACUUGUGUGCGAGUUAGCACAGGAGGUCCUUUGCCAGAAGGAGCUGAUGCAGUGGUCCCAGUGGAGCAUACCCAAUUGGUCACCAAACGCAGCGACCCUUCGAAAAACAUAAAUGGGUCUUUGGAGGAGGAGGAGGACACGAUCGAGGUUUUGGUACCCCCGACCAGUCGUGGUCAAUUUAUACGAUCUGUUGGUUGUGAUUUAGAUUCUCACUACGUGUUCCGACGUGGGUUGCGUUUAGGGCCGGCUGAAAUUGGUUUGUUGGCUGGCGCCGGCUUGCUUGCUCCAUGGCCGUCCUCGUCCUAUGCCACCUUGUUGGCCGAUAAUGAGCCUGAAUGCACUAUUCCUUCCGGGCUACUUGAUCGCUUACGCACUGGUGGCUAUCUUCCUUGCCUAAGUCAGCCUCGUAUCGGUUUAGUGUCCACAGGCGAUGAAGUCACACCCUUUCUUGACCACUUCGAACUUCAUUCUGUGUUGGAUUCCAAUCGACCUGCUUUGAACGCCCUUCUCCGCAAACAUGGUUAUCCGAACGUAAUCGACUUUGGCAUAGUGAGGGAUCAGAUCGAUUCCUUGUAUACUCUGUUAAAUCACGCUUUCUCCUGCUGCGACAUCCUUAUAACUACUGGCGGCGUCAGUAUGGGUGAACGGGAUCUGGUGACUCACGUUCUGACUGAGAAGUUCGGCGCAACCAUGCACUUUUCCCGUAUCUUCAUGAAACCUGGCAAACCCACUAAGUUCGCCUCCGUCCCCAUUUGUAGCAAUCCCUCCAGAUCUGUGCUUGUGUUUUGUUUGCCAGGAAAUCCCGUGUCCGCUUUCGUAACUGCCCAUCUGUUUGUUUUACCCUUGUUACGCAAAUUGGAGCUUAGACGUCAACAGGAUUGGUGCUUUCCUUGCAUUCGAGUGCGCUUGCUCAACGCGGUGAUCCUGGGCGAUAGACCCGACUAUCGCAGAGCACAAUUGACAUGGAUUUCCGAGUCGGAUACCUCUAGUCACAGCCAACUUCCUUCCAUUCCCUGUGCCUUGUGUGACCAUCUCGGGGGUCAAAGCAGCUCUCGUCUUGCAAGUUGCCAAGAUUCUAAUUUGCUUCUACUCCUGCCACCAGCAAACCCAGCCUGCUCAGAACUCCCAGUGAAUUCAGUUGUAGAUGCAUUAGCAAUCACACCAUAGCCCGUUUUGUACACGUUCCUUUAUUAUUUGAUUUGUACUUUUGUUUGACCUUUAGUUAAAAUGAUUGCGUCCUUUCCUUGUCUCCUUUCCUUUCCGCUGCUUUUUAUAUACAUAAUUAUAAAUUGCGUACCUAGUUACGAACGUAUUUUGCCUUCAAUUUGUCUCCUCCGUUUGCCUCAUUGUUAGCUUUACUAUGUUUUUGCAACGCGCUCCCUGGUCAUAAUUUCCGCUUAUGCGGUUGCUACUUUGCUUGAAAUUGUGAUCCUGUUGAGUCCUAACAUCUUGUUCUUGCUUUGAUUUGAAUACCUUGUCAAUUUUCUGAUUUAUAAGCGACUAUUUGUG